CAAAAAUAGCUAAUCUUUCCUACUUUCGAUUUAACUUGUAGCUUUACUCGAGCGAACUUACAGAAUGCAUACUGAUUCUGUAUGGUUGCAUCUCUAUCAAUGACUCUUUAAAAGUGUUAAUACCCAGCAAGGUUCGCAGCUCUAUUGUUGUAUAUUCGGCUAGCUAAAGAAUAGACAUACCUUUUCCCAGAGCACAAAAUGGGCAAGAAACAAAACACCAAAACUAAGAAGGAAGCGCAGACACAGGAGGAGCCGGAGGAGUUUGUUGUGGAAAAAGUAAUGGACCAGCGCAUCGUCAAUGGGAAAGUGGAGUUCUACCUGAAGUGGAAAGGAUUUACUGAUGCAGACAACACCUGGGAGCCUGAGGAGAACUUGGACUGCCCCGAGCUGAUUUCAGCUUUUCUGGAGUCGCAGAAAAACAUCAAGGAGAAGCCUGUGGCUGUGAAGAGGAAAGCUUCCACAGAGGAGGGAGAAACUGAUUCUGCAAAGAAAAUUGAGGCUGAGCAGCCACGUGGUUUUGCUAGAAACCUCAACCCAGAAAAGAUAAUUGGUGCCACGGAUAGCAGUGGAGAGUUGAUGUUCUUGAUGAAAUGGAAAGACUCAGAUGAAGCAGAUUUAGUCCCAGCGCGCGAGGCCAACACACGCUGCCCUCAGGUGGUCAUAGCUUUUUAUGAGGAGCGACUGACAUGGCAUUCAUGUCCAGAGGAUGAAGCUCAAUAAUUCCUCCUGCUGGUUUCUGCUGUUUGUUUUUUUUUUCUCUCUCCGUGAAGCCUGGACUCCUCCUCCUGGUCUGCCUCUUAAUUCUAGCUACCUGUAGACUGUUUUGUAGCGUUUUCUACAUUUGUACUUUGUUUGGCAGCGGAGGAGAGCUUUAUGGCUGUGUGAAGUAACCGAAAAGAUGUAUGCGACAGAGUUCAUCCGAAUGCCAUGUUGCGACAGAGCUACCUUGCAUCUCAUGCCUGCUCUCAAAUGUUUUAAAUUCUGACUACUUGAAAAAUGUUAAGCUGUUGAUGGAGCUUGUUUUUGUUGUUGUUUUAUCCUGCAAGUUGUUCUGAAAUUCCAUUUUGUUUAUGGAGUGUAAAUACUAUCCUAGCUUCCAAUUAAAACUUUUAUGUACAUGCAUACAUGACAAGAACAAGAAAAUAAAAUGCAAAUCUUUACA